GAAGCGCCGGGGCUCCUCCAGAAGAGGGGCUGGAGAGUGGGUGCCCGGCUGGCGCCCUGGACCCCUCUCCCCGGCCGCACCUGCGGGCAGGAGCAGCCCCCACUUCGCGCCACCCGUGGUGAGGGGCUCCACGGAGGUCCCUGCAGGACAGGGGCAUAAUGGCCGGGCUGGGCAACUCAAGCUUCGUCCGUGAAUUCACCCGCCACUCCAGCGACGUUCUGAUGAAUCUCAACGAGCUGCGGAAGCGACACCUUCUCACCGACGUCACCUUGCGAGUCAGGGGGUUCCCUCUGCAAGCCCACAAAGCGGUCCUUACAGCCUGCAGCGGAUUCUUCUACUCCAUCUUUCUGGGCCAAGGGGGUCAUGAAGUGAGCGUCUUGACCUUGCCCAGCUCCAUCGAGCCGGCCGGAUUCCAGGCCCUCCUGGAUUUCAUGUACACGUCCCGCCUUCUCCUCACCCCGGGCACCGUGCCGGCCAUCCUUGCUGCGGCGUCUUACUUGCAGAUGGAGCACGUGGUGGAGAGCUGCCAUCGCUUCAUCCAAGCCAGCUACGACCGGGUGACGUUCUUCUUGGCUCCUUCUGCGCCCCUCUUCCCGGGCCCUAAAUUCCAGCCCCUGGGAGGAGAGGAAGCAAGAUCGGCUGGCCCCCGUUGCCCUAACCCCACGCAAGAGGUGGAUGCUGCUGCCACGGCCACGGGCUCCCUGCUUCCCCGAUUCUCCUCGCCCAAAGACAAAGGAUUGGGACCCGUGAUGUCGCCAGGAACUGGGGACCAGUCUCCGCUGGGCCGGCCGGCCUCUCCUCGCGAGUCAAGCGGCUGUGCCCCGACCCCUGACCCCAAAGCCUGCAACUGGAAGAAGUACAAGUUCAUCGUCCUCAACUCGCUGCUCCACGAGGGGCAGCCGGAUACCCCUCCGUCGCUCGGCCGGUCCAGCGGAUCCUGGCACAGCCGGGGCAAAACCCAGCCUCCACAGGUUAGAAUGGGCCCCGCUUUCCUCUCUCUCCCCAGGCCCAGGGCGCUCCCCGCGGCGACCCAUUGCUCCGUCUGCCACCGGCCUCCCCCUGUGCUUUGCUCUCAUCUUCCGGAGGAUGUUGCCUCGGUGGUCCGGGAAGCCUCCUGUGAUCCGGGUGCGCCACCCUAUAACGGUGGGACGUGUGACCCGCGAUGCCAUCAAGAGGAAGGAGGUGGCCGAGGGUCCCCGCUAGACACAGACGCAUCCUCCGAGAAGCCCUUCCGGUGCCACGUCUGCCGCUCGGCCUUCCGCUGCAAGGGGCACCUGGCCGGCCACGGGUCUCUUCAUGCAGGGGAAAAGCCCUACCGCUGUGGGAUUUGCGGCGCCCAGUUUAACCGGCCGGCCAACCUCAAGACCCACUUGCGCAUCCACUCUGGGGAGAAGCCCUACAAGUGUGAGACGUGCGGCUCCCGGUUUGUGCAGGUCGCCCACCUGCGAGCGCACGUCCUGAUCCACACGGGAGAGAAGCCGUACCCCUGCGGGACGUGCGGGACGCGAUUCCGGCAUCUCCAGACCCUCAAAAGCCACAUCCGGAUUCACACGGGAGAGAAGCCUUAUCACUGUGAGAAAUGCAACGUCCGGUUCCGCCACAAGAGUCAGCUACGGCUUCACCUGCGGCAGAAACACGGCGCCGUCACCAACACGAAGAUCCGCUAUAAGGUGCUGGGGGGCCCUUACGCCACCCUCUGCUGAGCAGGGAGCGAAGGGGGCCCGGCUCGUGCCGAACCAAGAAUCCCAGCGUCGUCAGAGACGGGGCGGAAAAAGCUCAUCGCCUGCCUUGGAAAUUCGCCUUCUUCUCUCCGGUGUUCGGCCUUUCUGUGUUUCCCAAUUUGGGGCAAUUUUUGCCCCGGGGACAUGAGUGUUUUAGUUUUAAGCAUCUCCUCUGUUCAAAAAUAUCCAGACUUUAGCCAGAUUUUUUAAAAAAACACCCUCCUGUAAAAAUCCCAGCACGUUUUGGAGCGUUUAAACGGAAAUUUGCUUCCUAUUCCAUUCCAAGCUUCAGGAAAAUAGGUGCCUGGGUUAGGAAGGAAGGAGAAAAGAGGGAGGGAUGGAGGGAAGCAUGUUUUCCCCACCCCCCCAAAGGAACGAGGAGUGGGGCCCCCUUUCUUGUGAUCAGCACUUCGAAUCCUGGGGACCAACCCACCAGGCCCCUUACCAGGGAUGCUGGCACAUCUUUGGGUCUGAGUUCCGAGUUCGAAUGUGAUCUUUGGUACAAGACCUGAGUUCCGUUUCUGAGUCCUUAUGAAAAACAAGCUCCCACCCCCCCCCCAGAAAAAAGUGAGUGGGUGGGCAAAUCAUGAGUCGAGAGAAGAAGAAAAAACACGCUUGAGUCACUUGACGGCAAAUUGCACAAAUCAAAGUCCCCGUCCCUGGGUCCUACUCUUCUCUUAAUGAGGGAGAAGUCAUUCCGGGAGCUUUCCGGGUGCGUAGCUGUGCAGGCACAGCUCGUAUUAUAUCGCUAGCAGGCUUCGGAGACUGACGCCCGCAGGGCUGAGUAUGUAGCGUUUCAGUUUUGCACAGAGCUCGGGGGGGGGCAAAAGGGGCCCCUGUUUUGGACUACAGAUCUCAUAGCUGGCUGGAGGAUUAUGGGAUCCGUAGUCCGCCCCCUGAGCAUUUCUCAGCUCUGCUUUUCCCAGGAUGUGCUUUUAUUUCUUUUCUUUUUGAAAUUCUGUUGGGAAGCCAAGGUCUCGCAGGGAACUGCUUCGGCCGUGAGCGAGAGGAGGUGGGGACGCAAAAGAGAUCCCGUUUUCAGGCAGAAAGUGUUUCCAAGAUUGCUCCUCCCUACCCCCAGGCAUCCCUGGGAACCAGAACUGCGAAUCUGUGGCCUUCCAGAUGUUGAUAGACUAUAGUUCCCAUCAUCCUUUUUUACACCUUAUUUGCUGGCCAAAUCUUUUGAGUAUGUUUAUAAUAUUCUUAAUUUUUUUUAAAAAAAUUAUGUUAUGUUAUGAUGGUGAUUCAUUCCUUUUCGCCAGGCCGCGUCUGCUUUCUAUGCCUUUCUCUUGCAUUGAAGAGAUUUUUGCUGUCCGAAGUGGUCAGAGACCCUUUGAGAAAUGUCUUCAGAGCCGGGCCUGGCAGGAAUGGAAGGGGAAGGGAGUCUAGAUGAGAGAGACACUGAGGUCUGGAACCUUGGCGAUUGACGUUUAUGGUGCUCUACAAGAGGGCUGGAACCUCAGCUGCUUUCAGGAGAGAGUCAGUGGGGUCGAUAAGUAGUACAGCCUGGAGAAGUUACUUUUGCAGAACCCUGACCAUCCUCCCCAGCUAUCCUUUGGGCCAUGAUUCCUGGGAUCCUUCAGAUGAUAGGAACUGCAGAUUUUUUUUUAAAGGACCUUUUCCAAAUUCAGUUUUGUGCAAAAAAGGUGCGUCCUCUUGGACAUCUCGGGAUGCUUUUUUAAAAAAGAUCCUGAACGAGGCAUGUGGGAAACUGCAGAGUUUGGAAAAUAGAUACCGUAUUUUUCCGUGUAUAAGACUUAUCUAAAAUCUUUAGACUAA